AUGGCACCCAAGACAAUGGAAUCAGCUGAAGCCAAGAAGAAGCUGGCUUCAUUUGUUCAACAAGUCAUCCUACUCAACAACACGUUGACUUUCGAUGUCUUGCGUGAGUUCGACGAAGUUGCAGUGGAGGUACGUAUCGAGCAAGUGGAUAGACUGGAAAAAAGGUUCGAUGCUCUCUACACGCAACUAGAGGACAACGACGCUGAUGAUCUUUUAGCGGAAUUUACCAACCACUAUAUCGAGGUAAAAACCAAGCUGAUACGUCAGCGGCACGCUUGCCGAGCUUCCGAAGCUCACAGCUCUACGACGCAGCCGUUUGCUGGCGAACAAACUUCAAUUAUUGUCUCUCAGCCAAAGCAGAGGUUGCCGGUCCUGCAAAUUCUAACAUUCAACGGUCAAUAUGCGGAUUGGCCAGAUUUUUUCUCAAUGUUCAACACCGUUGUACAUCAGGACGUAGAUCUAACAAGAAUUGAGAAAUUCCAGCACCUUCGGUCAAGUCUACGUGAUGCAGCGUUGGACACCAUUCGUUCAUUAGAGAUAAGUGAACAAAAUUAUGAAAAGGCUAUUGAUUUGCUAAGAGCAAGAUUUGAUAAUAAACGCUUGAAUUUCCAGGCUCAUAUCAGAAAUAUUUUUCAGCUCAAGAGGGUAGAGGGUGAUAGGGUUGCCAAACUUCGAGAACUCAGCGAUACCGUAAAUGCUCACUUGCGAGCGUUGCAAACUAUGGGAUCCAAGGAACAUAUUGCUGAUUGCUUACUCAUUCAACUAGUGUCUCAAAAUUUGGACGUCAAAUCUCGCGCGAAAUGGGAGGAACAAACACCUGUAAGCGAAAUACCUACAUGGAAUUCAAUGGCUAGAUUUUUGGAGCACCGCUGA